AUGCGCGAAAAGAAAGAUGAACGCCGUUCAACGCCAGCAUUGCCGGUCUACAAGUCCCAGCCACCCGUAUGGCUUCCAACGAUCCAUGGAACGGCUGAUCUUGGUUACCCUGCCUUCUAUCCCCCUCGACCUGGUCAAGAUGAAGAUGUUCUCUCAGCCUCAAACAUCAAGAAUGGCUUCUUAUUGCCACAGCCAGUUUCGGUUGAGACUUUCAGCGCACAGUCCAUGAUAAAUGAGAAACUGAGGAAUAACGACACCCUGUCCAAGUUGGAAGAGUUAAUGAACGAGGUUUUCGUUCGGCGAGCUGAGCGAACAUCUCCCAUACCCCCUUCCUCUUUUCGAAUGCCUACGAGGGUUACUCUCAACGAUGCAAAACGACAAGCGUGGUUCGCCGAUUUGGCCAAUCCCGAAGUACCGCUUCACAAGCUGGGAAAGAGUGUUCCACAUGGCGCCAAAGGGCACGAUUUACUGGAUCUGCUGCAGUCCCAUGACGUUGCUAUCCCGAGGGCUGUCUGGGUGCUCCGAGUAUUCGGUGCCAAUGAGACAGCAGGAUUGAGGAACAAACCCUCAUACAAUCCCACACAGUACAGCAUAGAGUGGGCAAAUGUUGUGACUGGAUACCUGAAGAAACAACUGUAUGAGAUUGCACUCCCUAGUGCACCUCGACCGGGUCUAAACAUCAAACAGACCUUCAAGGGUGUGCUUUCUGAGCCGGAAUCCCGGGAACGAUGGAUAUCCCGUUUCGCAUACUCCCUAAAGCUACUCCGAACCUUCUACCGAGAAGGCUUAGUCGAUCGCAAGACCUUCCUGGUUUGGCUCGUUCAGCAGAUGGCCAUUUGCAACCUCGCUCAGGCUGGCUUUGUCACUCGGCUCGUCGACGAGUAUUUGGAUGAUAUGUUGACUAUUCGGGCCCUUGCAAGACCGCUGGCGGAAGCUUGCUUGACCAAACUCGCCGAGGUGAGGGGUUUCGUCACUCGACAGAUUUGCUUUAUCACCUAA